GGCUGGAAUCCGUCUCACUCGACUUCGUUUGCACUGGGAAAAAAAAAGGGGAAUGUGCUGCUGGGGCUGUGGCCCCGAGGGCGACAACUCCGGCAGGCAGGUGGGCUCUGCCGCGGGAGAGCCAUCAGCAUCGUCGCCACCUGGCUGCCGCCCAGCCCCGGGCUUGGCGAUGCACACGCGUUGCUGCCAGGGGGUUUCGUUUCGGACCCGUGCAGGGGAAUUUGCCUCUUCACUCCGCACCUCAGCCCUCGCUGUGCCCCAGAGCGGAGCUGGGCCGGCAGCCGUACCCGCGGGGGGAUGCCCAGCGGGGAGCGGGGGAUUCCUGCCCCGCCACGGCCACUCUGGAGGGUACCGGCAGCGGCUCUGCCUCUCUGCCCCCACCUGCCCGAGCGUGCCGCUCGCUCGCUUCCUGAGCUCAUCAAAUAUUGAGGGCAGGAGGGCUGACGGGAGCGCUCCUCGCCCGCCGCCCCGCAGCCCCCCGCCGUCACGUUGGCGGCGCGCGGGAGGAGCUCCCCGCCUCGCCCGGGGCGCCGGCUAAAUUUAGGCAGCUGGCGCUGCUGCCCGCCGGAGCAGCAUGCAGGUCUCCUUUGUGUGCUCCGAGCACAGCAUCAAGAGCCGGAGCGCGGAGGACCGGCUGAACCGACAGAAUGCCGGCAGCCCCAGCCUCGGCACCCGCGGCAAGUUCCGCGCGGUGGCCAUGGUGGCCCGCAGCCUGGGGCAGCUCUCGGUGCAGAACGCCCCUUCCUCCAGCGACUCCAGCGUCAAGCAGCCGGGGAUGAAAUACCGGAACCUCGGGAAGUCUGGGCUGCGUGUGUCCUGCCUGGGUCUGGGAACAUGGGUGACUUUCGGAGGGCAGAUCACAGAUGAGAUGGCAGAGCAGCUGAUGACUUUAGCUUAUGACAACGGCAUUAAUCUCUUCGACACGGCAGAAGUCUACGCUGCUGGCAAGGCCGAGGUGGUGCUGGGAAAUAUCAUCAAGAAGAAGGGGUGGAGACGGUCCAGCCUGGUCAUCACCACCAAAAUCUUCUGGGGAGGAAAGGCCGAGACAGAGAGGGGCCUGUCCCGAAAACACAUCAUAGAAGGUCUGAAGGCGUCUCUGGAGCGGCUGCAGCUAGAGUACGUGGACGUGGUGUUUGCCAACCGGCCCGACCCCAACACGCCGAUGGAAGAGACAGUGCGAGCCAUGACCCAUGUCAUCAACCAGGGGAUGGCCAUGUACUGGGGGACCUCGCGCUGGAGCUCCAUGGAGAUCAUGGAGGCGUACUCGGUGGCCCGGCAGUUCAACCUGAUUCCGCCCAUCUGUGAGCAGGCUGAGUACCACAUGUUCCAGCGGGAAAAGGUGGAGGUGCAGCUCCCUGAGCUCUUCCACAAGAUAGGCGUUGGAGCCAUGACCUGGUCCCCACUGGCCUGCGGCAUCGUCUCGGGGAAGUAUGAUGGGGGCAUCCCCCCCUACUCCCGUGCCUCGCUGAAGGGAUACCAGUGGCUGAAGGACAAGAUCCUGAGUGAAGAGGGCCGGCGGCAGCAGGCAAAGCUGAAGGAGCUGCAGGCCAUUGCUGAGCGCCUGGGCUGCACCCUGCCCCAGCUCGCCAUCGCCUGGUGCCUGCGCAACGAGGGUGUCAGCUCCGUCUUACUGGGGGCCUCCAAUGCUGACCAGCUGAUGGAGAAUAUUGGAGCAAUACAGGUCCUUCCAAAGCUGUCGUCUUCCAUCGUCCACGAGAUCGAUAGCAUCCUGGGCAACAAACCAUACAGCAAGAAGGACUACAGAUCCUAAGCGCGCCCGAGCACGCCGCGCAGCCCUCGCCGCCCGUUCGCUUGCUUACGCUUUGUUGGAGCAAAGUGGAGAGUGUGGCUCGCACCGCGAGCGCCGAGAGCCAGCGCUCCACCCGCGCCGCCCCGGACGUGGCGCCGCGGCCGCCCGGCCUGGCUCUGCGGCGCAGGGACGGCCGCAGGGAGGCGAGCCCCGAGCUGCCCGGCCGCCCUGCCCGCCGCCGGGACCCGUUGCAUGCGUGGCUCCUGCCUCCACGUUGGCGGCGGGCGCGGGGUGCACGCGGGUGCUGUACGCCCACGAGGCCGACAACACGAAGCUGUUCCCCGGC